ACAAUAAUAAUAAGAAAAUGCUUAAACGAAUUUUCAGUGCCAUUACUACACCACGUACGAAACUGGUGUUAGUGGUGCGAGGAGAUUUAAAAAUGUCUAAAGGGAAAACUGCUGCACAAUGCGCGCAUGCAGCUAUACUUUGUUAUCAACAAUCUCAACAAGACCAAGAUAAGCAAAAAUUAGUAGAAUGUUGGUCAUUUUCGGGACAACCAAAAAUCGUAUUGCGCGCAAAUACUUUAGAAGAGCUUACAAAUUUACAAAAUCGUGCCAAGACAGCAGGUGUAGUCGCUGAAUUAGUAAGAGAUGCAGGGCGUACGCAAUUAGAAGCUGGUACAGCAACGGUUUUGGGUAUUGGACCGGAUAUAGAAAAAAACGUAGAUGAAUUGGUAUCCAAUUUAAAACUAUUGUAGUUUAUUAACUGAAGAAAUAAAUAUAAUUUAUUAUCGAAAAAAUUUAACAAAAAAUUUUAACAAAUUUUA